AUGUCCCAAAUCCGCAGAUGGCCCAAGUACCCAGGGAUCCAGAAGGAUGGCCAGGCAGAUGCAAAUGCGGAACGCGGCGGUGCUUGCUCUAAGUAUUAUGACACAUAUGGGAAAAAACGGCUGACAGGAGGAAUCAUGGUGUGCUGGUGUACGCACAGCAUAGCCUACGGAUUCCAUUGUAUCCCCGAAAGCGAGGGAAGGAAUGAUGUGUUUUCUGCGAUGAUCACCAGGUGGAAGCAAGCACCAAAACGUGUAAUAUAUGACUUCGCCUGUGCACUCGGCCCAUACUGUAUGACCCGAGAACCUGAGUUCUUCGCGGACACAAAAUUCACAAUUGAUGGGUUUCAUGCAUACAGGCAUUCGCGGUGUUCAACAUCCUCUUUUCUGAAAAGCUAUAUGGAGGUUGAUUCCACUCUAGCUAGGAUCAACUCCAGUGCUGCAGAAUGUGGUAAUAGUGGACUAGGAAGAAUUUGGAAAUCGGUCAGCUACAUGGCGCAAGUAAAUGCAAUUAUUUACACUCGGGUUUUCUUGUCAGUUUGGAACUGA